UCCACAGUAAACAUUGCUGACUACAAGUACAACUAGAAUAAGUGCAAGUCAGCUGGAAAUGUAUAAUUAAUUAGUCACGGGUCACUGGCAGUUCUGCUGUCACUCAUAUUAUCAAUCUGUUGCAUAUUUCGAUGUUAGUAUGGCGUCGUAUUUUGAUGAACAUGACUGUGAGCCUCUCGGACCGGGAGAGCAACCAAAUCAUUUCCUACACCUAGCCAGAUUGUUGCUGGACUCGGGUGUUGCCGCACUGGAGGGACAAAUGUUUGGGGAGAAAAAGGCGCCGCCUGCUUCGAAGGAGGCAGUGGAACAGCUCCCUACGUACAGCCUAUCAGGGACGGAUCUAGGAAAACCGUGUCCGGUCUGUCUCUUGGAAUUCGCUCCGGAUGACAUGUUGAAAGCGAUGCCUUGCAAACACAGGUUCCACGCCUCCUGCAUACUGCCCUGGCUGCAGCAGACGAACUCCUGCCCCGUGUGUCGACACGAGCUACCGACCGACGACACCGACUACGAGGAGUUCAAACGACAGAAGGGGCGAGCGAAGGACCGUGAAGCAAGGAUAGAGCAGCUGCAUGAUAGCAUGUUCGGAUGAGUCGCACACUGAUGCAUCCAGCAUACACUAAAGCCCGGCGCACACGUGAGUUAUUUUACUCAAGUAAAAUGACGCACGAGUCAAAUUACUCAACGAA